UAAAAUAUGAGAAAGAAUUUCGAAGAUUGAAGGAGCAUUUCACCGUUUGGCCGGUCAAAAUUUCAGUCGUCAAAACCUCAUUCUUAUCCCGCUGGGUUUAACAGAACAACAUCUGUUGCCGUGUCGUGGAGACGGGCAUGUUCACGCUCUCCCACGCGCCGCCGCGUUUUUCUUCCCCUGGAAUUUUCCAGAAGAGUGGAGGGCUUGCAGCAGCGGGAUCCAAAUCGUCGUCCCGCCUCUUUCGCAGCCUUCCCGUCAGCUCGCCGCCUCUCAAGGAGCUGAGUGAUGAAAGGGAGGGUGGUGGAAUGCUCCCUUCUCUUGGAUAUAAGUGGUCCUUGAUAAUCUCUUAUGAUGGCACCCGUUUUUCAGGAUGGCAAUAUCAAACGUCAACGCCAACUGUACAAUGUUUACUGGAAGAGGCACUGAUCCAGAUUACAAAAUUAGGACGUGAUCAUCUCUGUCUUGUUGGUGCUGGCCGAACAGAUGCAGGAGUUCAUGCCUGGGGUCAGGUGGCACACUUCACCACACCUUUCAAUUAUGACUGCUUGGCCGGCAUUCACAAAGCACUAAAUGGUCUUCUUCCCCCGGAUAUCAGAAUUAGAGAAAUUAGAUCUGUGCCAUCUGAAUUUCAUGCUCGCUUUUCUGUUACAAGCAAGAUUUAUCAUUACAAAAUUUACAAUGACACCAUAAUGGAUCCAUUCCAAAGGCUCCAUGUUUACCACAGUACUUAUAAACUCAAUCCUGCUGCCAUGAGGAAUGCUGCCAAGCAUUUUGUAGGGAAGCAUGACUUCUCUGCUUUCGCUAAUACUUCACGCAAUGAUAGGACACCAAAUCCGGUUAAGAAUAUCUUCCGCUUUGAUGUGAUUGAAACGGGUCCCGUGUUGCACCUUGAAGUUGAAGGAUCAGGUUUUCUAUAUAGACAAGUUCGGAAUAUGGUUGCUUUGUUGCUUCAAGUCGGGAGAGAAGCAGUUCCACCUGACAUCGUCUCCAAGAUUUUGGCAUCUCGUGAUAGGAAGGAGUUGGCCAAGUAUACGUUGUCAGUUCCUCCUCAUGGUUUGUGCCUUUAUGCCGUCAACUACAAUGAGGAUCAUCUUCAACUUCCCUCAGGUCGACCUGCAACGAGCUGGGGUAGGCACCAUACUAUAAGCAAAUGUAAACUCCCAUACUAUUGAUCAUCACAUUCCUGAGUUGAGUUCUCUCAUUCUCUCGUCUCCCGUCUCCCUUUCUCUCUCUCUCUCUCUCAAAUUUCAUUGGACGUCUCUUCACCGAAGGAUUUCUCUCAAGGAUUCGUGUUCGCCGGCCAGAUUUCUCUCAAGGAUUUGUCAUUUCGUUGUCUUCAAGGUAUUAGGGUUUUCUAGUUGACUUCGAUUUUUGAAUCUCCUUCAAGUUUUUAGGGCUUUUAAGUUCUUUGUUUUUAGUCUAUUGUAAUUUUGUUUCCUUUUAUCUGUCAUACUUGAUUUAUCUAUCAUACUUGAUUUUUUUGAACUUAGGGUUUUUCCUACUUUUUUUAGCUUUAGUUAUGUCUUUGUUUACUUGAUUUGUGAUUAUAUUCGUUGAUUCAUGAUUAUAUCUGCUUA